GUACAUCUAUAUAUGAGAUGCAGAAAUGUAUACUACGCCUUUGCCAUCGGAGCCUUUGAUCGAAAAGAAUCGCCUUCGCGAUAUUCAGUUGUGUCAGUUUCUACGUUCGAUCUACAAGUACAAAGUGAAUCUGAAAAUGGAAUUUUAUUAUUAGGUUUUAUGCUCUCGUUUAUAAUUGAACGCGCAAACUUAUUAAAUAAUAAGAAAUAUAAAAAAUUAAAAAUUAAGUAUAAAAAAAGAUUUAAUUAUCCGAAUACGCGUAUUUUUACCGCACUGAUUUACGGUUCAACGUACCAUGUAUUGUCAUGAAACAUUUAUAUUUGAUUUUAUAAUUAAAAUCAGCGGUUUAUAAAUUAAUAUCUUAGUGCUUAGUAAAUGUGUGAAACUCUUAUUUACUCUAAAUUUUUCCCGAAGGCAAAUUUACACAAUGGCACUCAUAACGGCAUACUGGGGCUUGGAUGGCCUAAUAGUUCUGACAGCUCUUAUUGCAGCUGCUUAUUUUUAUAUGACACGCAAAUUUAACUAUUGGAAAAAACGAGGUGUCUUGGAAAUGUCGCCAAUACCAUUCUUUGGCAACUUUUCAGACUGCGUGUUUUUGAAAAAAUCUCCUGGACAUUUUAUGAAGGAGUUUUAUGAUCAAGCGAAAGGAAUGCCUUACAUCGGAUUUUACAUAUUAGACACACCUUGCUUAUUGAUUCGCGAUCGUGAGCUUGUUAAAAAUGUGUUAAUAAAGGACUUCAAUUACUUUGCCGAUCGAUACGGCUCGCCGGAUACGAAAGAUCGUCUCGGUUAUGCGAAUCUCUUCUUUCUCAAAAAUCCAGCUUGGAAGGUUUUAAGGGCGAAGUUGACACCAUUUUUCACAUCCGGCAAGCUGAAAAAAAUGUUCGAACUAAUGCUAGAGUGCGGCAACAAUCUAGAAAUCUAUCUCGAUUCAUUAAAAUUAGAAGGUAAAGGAAAAGAGUUAGACGCAAAGGACAUAGCUGCCAAAUUUACGACCGACGUAAUCGGCAGUAUUGCCUAUGGACUUCAAGUGAACUCGUUAAAUAAUCCAAAUGCUGAAUUCAGAGAAUAUGGCAAAACGAUCUUUCAUUUUAACUUUAUACGCGGUUUCGAGUUUGUUGCAAUGUUCUUUUUUCCAAGUAUAGUUCGUUUAGCCAAGAUGAAGACAUUCGGCAAAGAAGCGACCGUCUUCUUACGCAAAGUCUUUUGGGACACGAUCCUUCAACGUAUGGCAUCUGGCGAGAAGAGACACGAUCUCAUAGAUAUUCUCGUUGAACUCAAAAAAUCUUACGGUGAUAAGGAUGUUGGAGGAGGAUUCAAAUUCGAUGGAGAUGAUUUAGUAGCACAAGCAGCUGUUUUUUUCACUGCUGGUUAUGAAGCCUCUUCAUCAGUAAUGUCUUUUACUUUAUAUGAAAUCGCUCUACAUCGUGAAGUUCAAGAUAGGCUUAGAAAAGAAAUUCUGGACGCGCUUGACGAAUCUGGUGGCAAGAUCACAUAUGACAUGGUCACAUCGUUGCCGUAUUUCGACAUGGUGGUUUCCGAAACUUUGAGAAUGUAUCCGACAUUGCCAUUCCUAGAUCGGAUAGUAAUGGACACGUACAAAGUGCCUAACACUGAUUUAGUCCUCGAGAAGGGUACGCCGAUUUACAUUUCGAUGAGUGGCAUGCACUAUGAUCCCGAAUACUUCCCCAACCCAAAUAAAUUCGAUCCAGAGCGAUUCUCCGAGGAGAACAAACGUAACAUACCACCAUGCGUCUAUUUUCCAUUUGGAGAUGGUCCUCGCGCAUGCAUAGGUGCUCGUUUGGGACUUUUACAAACAAAACUGGGACUUAUCAAAAUUUUAAGCAAAUACGAAGUGGAACCAUCCGCACAAACUUUAAUACCUAUGAUUAUCAAUCCGAAAGCUCUUUUGACCUCAUCAGUGACUGGUCACAUACAUCUUAACUUCCGAAAAGUUGCUAAUUAAAGUUAUAGUUUACGGUACCGAAUGCAAUAUUAGUAACUUCUGUUAGAGUAUAUUCUUCAUAUGCAGAAAAUAAUAAUAUUAAUUUUACUAAUAAAUUUACAUGUUAGUCCUCGUACAAAAUGCAUAAACAGAAUAAUUCAAGGUGAUAAAUGUGAUAUUAAUGACUUCCGAUAAAUUACAUUUGUCAUAUGCAAAAAA